ACAAUCACGAACUAAUCUUCACUUUGAAAUCACCCAUCAAAGGACCUCCUUGCUGCUCUCUUUUUGAUUUGGGCUUGUUUGGUGAUGGCAGCUCUGUCUGUGAGCAUUGCAACAUUCAACAUGUUGCUCCAUAUCCUCUUUCUUUCAGGUGCUUUGGCUGCUUGUCCUGAAGGGACAUACCCCGUCAUUACUGUACCACAGAAGAUGGAGGCACUGAGUGGAUCUUGUCUGCAAAUCCCAUGUUACAUUACAAAUGAUGACAUACAUAAGGAUGGCACAGGAAAUGUCGGAAAGUGGAUUAAAAGCAUUGCUGACCAAAGAAUUCCAAACAAUGUGAUUUUCGACAGUAGUAAGACAGUUAACAUCUAUCCAAUGAAUAUCACUGGAAACCUGAGUGAGAGAAACUGCACCACUUUAUUUUCUAAUCUAAUCAUAAGUUACACAGACACAUACUACUUCAGAUUUGAGAACAGUGAAUACAGGGCAACAGCUGCUUGUGAGCCUCUUCAAAUAACAGUUCAAGAUUCUCCUCUGAGGCCCAGAAUUGAGAUCUCAGGUGAUCUGAGGGAGAAGCAGUCUGUCACUAUAACCUGCUCAGCUUCCACUCCCUGUCCACACUCCCCUCCUAAACUCACCUGGAAUCUCCAACAAGACCCUCACAACACAAUAGAGGAGAACACAGAUCGAACCUUCACAACUAAAAUCCAGGAGACCAUCACUCUGUCAGACAAACAUGAUGGAGUCACCAUCACCUGUUCUGCCACAUAUCCUGUGGAUGGAGGAAACUAUAAGACAGCAGAGGAAGAAAUGACUCUCAGUGUUUCAUAUGCUCCCAAGAACACCUCAGUGUUCAUCAGUCCAUCAGGUUUGGUGUCAGCAGGUAGCUGGGUGAACCUGACCUGCUCCAGCAGAGCCAAUCCUCCCAUCAGCAGCUUCACCUGGUUCAAGACCAGCAAUGAUGGACCCAUCAAAGUGUCUGACAGAGACUUUUACAGCUUUAAUGUCACUGAUGGAGAAGUUUAUUACUGUGUGGCCACAAAUGAUCUUGGUAAUGGAACAUCAUCAAAGAUCCAUCUGACUGUUAAAGCCAAUCCAGAGUUUGGGGUUGAUGUCUGCGUUACAGUGAAGAUCCUGGGAAUCGUAGCACUCUACAGCACAAUCAUCAUCUUUGAGUGGUGGUUUAGAUCAAGAUGCUGCAACAAACCAGUGAAGGACACAGCUGAAGCAGACUACGUCAACUGUGUGAUUGAGAUUCAAGCAUCAUAAAGGAAAAGAGGAAAAUGUCUUGUUCACCUUUUAUGGAAUAUUUCUGUUUCUUAUUCAUCUCAUUCUUAAAUAUUAAAUAUUUUUCUUUGCAGCAGAUCAGGGAGAUGAUCAAAAGUUCAAGUGCAAACAAGACAGAAGAUAAUAUACUGUAGCUUCAUUAUUAAUUGUUUAAUAUUGCGCUAUUUUUUUCUUUGAUUCAACUGUGUUUUCAUUGCAUGCAUGAAUAUAUUUUUCAAACAGAAGUUUAAAUAGUUAAAGCCAGAUUUUUGUUGUGAUGAGGAAGCAGAAAGUGUGGAUAUUUAUCUUUUGUUGUUACAGUUCACUUUGUAUAUGCAGUACAUGUGUAGAUGACUGUUCUCUCCUCAGUGCUGUAUUGCAGAGCAGCAGUGAUACAGACUGUGCACAAGUCAGUUCAAUAAACUCUGU